AUGUCAGCACCUGAAUUGGAUAGAGGUCCUGUCUCAGAGGAGACUCCUCUGCUUCGAGAGAUUAACCCCGCCCUCGCCGGGUCAGACGAAGCUCAAGAUCACGAACUGGUGCCAGAAGAGCGCUCGACCAGGGAGCUUGUAGUGAUUCUUGGGAGUAUCUGGGUAGGAGUUUUUCUAGCGGCACUGGAUACGACAAUUGUUGCGACACUGUCGGCACCCAUCUCCUCCUCGUUUAACUCUUUCUCGCUUUUGUCAUGGCUAGCAACCUCAUACUUGAUCUCCAAUGCAGCUUGUCAGCCCCUCAGUGGGCGGUUGACUGAUAUUUAUUCUCGUCGUUGGGGCCUCGUCUUCUCCAAUAUCUUUUUUGCCAUCGGCAACCUGAUUUGUGGACUGGCCAAAACACAAUGGGCCAUCAUUCUCGGUCGGGUCGUGGCGGGCAUUGGUGGAGGGGGUCUGACGGCUAUCUCGACAUUUGUCACAUCAGACCUGAUUCCCCUGCGGAAACGAGGUGUCUGGCAAGGAAUUGGCAACAUCUGCUAUGGGGCGGGUAUGGGGUUGGGUGGUGUGUUCGGAGGGUGGAUCAACGAUACGCUGGGGUGGCGCUGGGCGUUCCUGCUUCAAAUCCCCUUCUUGGUCGUCUCGUGUAUCCUGGUGAUUUUCACGGUGGAUAUUCCAGUCAAGACGACGGAUACAUUGCGAAUCAAGCGUGUGGAUUUCCUCGGAGCCAUCACCUUGGUGCUGACGCUGGUGACUCUGCUGAUGGGUCUUAACACUGGCGGGAAUCAAGUGCCCUGGACGCAUCCACUCGUCCUGGUGUCUUUGCCGCUUUCUGCAGUCUUCUUAGGGAUCUUCAUUUAUGUGGAAGCCUGUGUUGCGACCGAGCCGGUCAUUCCUGUCAGACUUCUUCUCGAUCGCACCGUCGCAUCUGCUUGUCUCACGAAUUGGUUUACCACCAUGGCGGUCUUUGGUCUGCUCUUCUAUUUGCCGGUCUACUUCCAGGUCCAAGGAUUGUCCGCCACGGCGGCUGGAGCUCGCCUGAUCCCGCAAGCAAUUGGCACUUCGAUUGGAUCCCUAGGCUGUGGGUUCAUUAUGCGCAGUACGGGCCAGUACAAGGUCCUGAACUAUGUGGUGAUGAGUUUGCAAGUUCUCUCCUCAGCCCUCAUUUGUACCUUGACUUUGGACACCCCUGUCUGGCUGCCGUUUGUUUAUUUCUUUUUGGGAGGCAUCGCCUAUGGAAGCAUGUUGACCGUCACCCUGGUCGCCCUGAUCUCUGCUGUGGAUCACGAACAUCAUGCCGUCGUCACGUCGGCAUCAUAUGCCUUCCGAAGCACGGGGAGCACAAUUGGCAUCACCAUCGCCUCGGCUGUAUUUCAAAAUACCCUGCAGACGGGUUUAUGGGCGCGGCUUGGCCAGUACCCAGAUGCUGCAAAGAUCAUUGCCCGACUCCGAGAUAGCCUGGAUGAGAUUCGCAAGUUGCGGCCGGAGUGGAUUCCCGUCGUUCUUGAUACAUAUAUGAACUCCUUGCGAGCGGUCUUCGCGACCCUGCUGGGGUUGACGAUCCUGGGGGCUCUCGUGAGUAUUUCUAUGCGAGAGCACAAGUUGCACAACAACCUUGCGCGUCGAUAG